AAUUUCGAACAUCACGCAUUCUACUCGCGUCCACCACCACGCUCAGUAUAAACUGUUUAUAACUAAAAACUCUAACGUGCAACCGGCCAGUCUUAUUAAACAGGGAGGCCGAGUUUUUAUUACGUAAUAUUAAAAAGUUUGUGUAAACAAAGCUUGUUUUAUAUAUAGAACGAUAUGUGCAUGUGUGAUAAGAGUUAAUUUAAUUCAUAACGAUUUCCGAACGAACUGGAUUUUUUAAAUACACGAUGGCAAACUUCAAAACGAAGACCACAAUCCUUCUCCUAAUCUUCCAAGUGGCGAUCUCAAAACCCGACAAAAACACAUCCAGACCAGUCUACGAGGUCAUAGAACCACCCAGAACAGACGAGAAGAAGCCGCCAAACACACCAGGGUUACCAUACGGCAACCCGCUCGCUGGUAACUCGUUACAGAAUGCUAAACUUCACGCACAGAACCAGCAAGCUAUGUUCAAUGCUGAAAGGGUAAGGCAGCAUCGAGCCCAACUCCAGAGGUGGACAAAAGCUCCUCAACAAGUCGACAGUUACAUGAAGGCAUACCAUGAAUCACAGGAAAGCCAUCAACUAGCUUUAGAACAAGAGCAGGCUAAAUUAAAAGACAAGAAAUCAAGCAACAAGCGGCAAGAGAAUUUGAAGCACAGUAAGGGUCCAGAUCCAAUGAAAAUCACUAAAGAGGACGCGGUGACGAAAGCUGAGAUUGUACGAAACCAUAGGUCUUACGGGUCUGUUGAAUACCAACAGUAUUUGGACCCGAGAAGGUAUAAGACUGUCUUUGUGUCACCAGGUUCGACGUAUGACCAAGGAGUUUCUAUUAAACCAAAUGGGUUAACGUAUUUAGAGACAACGGAACCUACGAAAUUAUACACAGAAGCAAUUGCAAGCAAAACUCAAUACCUUUAUCCAAAACAAUACUCUGAAAUGCACAAUUACCAAUCCUCGAAUGACAUAGCCGCAUUAAAUGCGUUACUAACUAAAACUCCACAAGAACAACUCACAGAAUUCAAAGCAAUGUUACAAACAAACUCACAGACCAAGGAUUCUUCAGAGACACCCAUAGAUUACUACUUCUACUUAAAAGGCCAUAAAGAUAAUCAAAAUUUGGAACAUUACGCUGAAGUGCCUACUUAUGCUACGUACACAAGAGAACCAGAAGUUAAAGAUCACACUCCAAUAACAGAAGCUAUAGAUGAUAUUGAGGAUCCGAGCAAGCAUACAACGAUCACCUACAGUGUCCCUACCGCUCAAACCUUUGUAAGCAGUACAGGAAACUAUUUCACCGCAGGACAAUCUAUUGAACCAGAAUUAAAUCAACCAAAGCCGACAUACCAAGCAUUGGUAUAUGAAAAUCCUCUACACAUAUCCCCUACUAAAGGAGAGGCAAAAGAAGUGUUUUUGCAUCAAACCGCGCAACCAACAGGAGUGCAGCAUUUAAACGAAAAUGGCGUAGGAGUUUCGGCAUACAGCGAUGAUGAUCUCCAGUACGCAGCUAACUACGAAUUUGGCUACCGAGUCCGCGACCACCACACCGGCAAUGAUUUUGGGCACAGCGAAUUGACAAAAGACGGGAAGACCCACGGGCAUUACCAUGUCUUACUCCCCGAUGGCAGGAUGCAGAAGGUCAAGUACUCUGCCGGUCCCUCAGGAUUCCAUGCGGACAUAUCUUACGACCAUUUGGUGUGAAGUCAUAAUGCCAGUGUGUUGACUAUUUUAUUUCGGCUGUUAUUUAUUUAUUUGUACAAAAAAGGACGUUUUGCGUGCAAUUAUUAAUUUAAAUUUUAAUUUGAACUGUAAAUAGAUAUAUUUCCUAUUUAAAUUAAGAUAGUUUGUACAUAAGUGUAAUUAGUGUAAGGUGAAAUGAAACAAAAAACGAAUAAAUUAUUUAUUGGAA